UGUGGAAUCGCUUCAAGAAAACGUUCUUGAAUGGUCUUUUCGAUGUUUGCUUGAUGGCAAGUGCAGUUACAGAAACAGUGCAUAGAGAUUGCGUAAAAAAAUAUCGUUUAAACGCUUCUAAUAAUUGUUCUACAAACUGUUCCAAACCGGCAGGCUGGAACAAACCUUCGAAUUUUAAAAUUGACAUUAAUGACACUAAUGACAGUUCAGUAUUUAUUUCAAGAUGUCGAAUAAAAGUUCUAUUGAUGCAAGGCAAGAAUUAGCAGAAUUAGUAAAAAGGAAAGCUGAAAUAGGGGAAACUCUUGCUAAUUUAGAAAAACAGAUAUAUGCUUUCGAAGGUUCCUAUUUAGAAGAUACUCAAUUAUAUGGGAAUAUAAUUCGCGGUUGGGAUAGAUAUCUUUCAAGCAAUAAAACGACAAAUUCCAAAGCUGAUAAACGUAAUAGGAAGUUUAAGGAAGCGGAACGUUUAUUUUCAAAAUCGUCUAUAACUUCAAUGGCUGCCGUUAGUGGAAUCGUGGAUCAAAAUUCCGAUAAAAUGGACAGACAAAGCGAAACAGAUUCUCUAACAAAUGAAGAUUCCAGUGAUACCAACAUGGCGAUGAUUACCAAUCACGUAGAUUCGGGGAUAAAAACCGCUGGUAAACAAUCUACUUUCUCUUCAAAUGGCGCCCAGAAUGGUUUAGACAGAGGUAGUCCCUUACCUGACGUCGUGGCAAAGCAAAAAAAUUUCAUAGCUAAUGCCAAGAAAAAUAAUAAUAAGAAAGCUCGACAUAGAUAACAUAAUGGAAAACCGAACGUCGGAAUGGAAUGAAAAAUAAAGAAAAAUACGUUGUAGUUUUUAU